UGCCAGGACAGGCGGAGCUGCCAGUUCCUCGUCAACAGCCGGCUGUUCGGGACGGAUCCRUGCCCCGGGACCGGCAAAUACCUCCUCGUGUGGUACAAGUGCAGGCCGAAUGAAUAUAAGAGUAAAGUAGCCUGUGAAGAUGACAAGCUGAGGCUGAGCUGUAAGAAGAGCAUGGUGAUAGCCAUCUACUCUGCUAUCUUCGGGAGGACACAAGGAGGCAGCCUGGAGUGCCCAUACCAAAACCUAGGGAUGCCCACGAUUGAGUGUCAGUCAGCUACUGCUCUCCAGCUCAUGAUCAAGCGCUGUCAUGGGAAAAGAAGCUGCAGCAUAUAUGCYAGCACCUAUGAAUUUGGAGAUCCUUGUUACCCAGGCAUCCAAAAGCAUCUUAAUGUCAUCUACACCUGUGUUCCCAAGAAGCUUCUGCAUGAAACUCAGCCAAGACCAACCAGUUUCCAAGGAUAUCAGAAGCCACAUUUCCCGCUGCAGCCCAGAGUGUUYGAUCCCAAUGUUAUAGGGGACGGCGUUUUCCUUUCGGAUGUCUCUCCUUCCAACAUAGAGCGAGUUCUCCCAGCAGAGAAGAAGAAAGGGAGGUCAGCCACUUUCUACCCUGUGGACAACCCCCCCCUCCUGCUCCCCGUGGAUGAGACACAACCGCCGGCGCUCAGCAGCGGCAGCAGCAUGGAGCCCGUGGGUGUCAGCACGGAGAUGGCCCUGCUCAGCAACAUCCUGGCAGCCUAUGCCUUCAUCACAGAGAACCCCGAGCGGGCUGCGCUCUAUUUCGUGUCCGGAGUGUGCAUUGGACUCGUGCUGACCCUGCUGGCCCUGGUGCUGCGGGUGUCCUGCCGGACGGACUGCAAGCGCUCCUCCUCCAAAAAACCCSCUCGGGAGCGGGAGAGCGACAGCGACAGCAGCGACAGCGACGACGACUCGGACACCACGUCGGACCUGUCUGCCCGCAGGCACCGCCGCUUCGAGAGGACUUUGAACAUGAACGUGUUCACCUCGGCCGAGGAGCUGGAGCGGGCGCAGCGGCUGGAGGAGCGGGAGCGCAUCAUCCGCGAGAUCUGGAUGAACGGGCAGCCCGACAUCCCGGGCACCAGGAGCCUCAACCGCUACUACUGAGAGCGGUGGGGACACCCCCAGUCCUGCCCUGCUCCCUGGGGCCRCCCCACACCUCAGAGAGGACACGGAGGGAAGGCAUUUUGCUCGGGUGUCUCCCCUUUUCCUAUCAGCUGUGCCACCUGGAGUGGGCGGAUGGACGGCAGUGAAGUUUCCCCAUCUCUCUCUCCSUGCCAUGUUGGUAUCACCCCUCUUCACAGACACUUCCUCGUUCCAAAGAAGUGAUUGCCAACUUCAUUUGUGAGCGGCCGGCAGGGAGGAGAGGAUCACAGUCCCCCCGUGUGGGAUGUGGCGUUUGGAACGCUGCGGUGUGAGUGCUCCUCUCUUGGCUGGGGAGACGAGUUGUCCAGGAUUUGGUCUUCGUUUAGGAUUUUUUGGUUUCCUUUUCCUGAGGAAUGUGCGAGAAUUGUGAACAAAAUGACAAGUCUGGAAAGAUGAUUUGGGAAGGGAGGGGGAGGCGCAUCCUGACCGAUUGUCUUGUGACUUCAGAAGCCAUGAGAUUAACCCAAUUAAAACCCAACAGCAAAUAGGACUUGUUAAGAACUGGGGGAUGGGGGGGAGGGGGAUUCUUCCAUCGUGAAAUCAUCUCGGUGCUUGGAUGUUUGCCAUGGUGUAUUCAGUUAUUUAUGGCUGUCUUUUCAUCUUCCUUUUCAAUGGGAACAUUUAGUUUUUUUUACUGACACCUCAGGGAUAAAAUCCUUUUUUUUUUUUUUUUUUUGAGUCUGUUCUCCCUGCUGGCCCCUGUCAAACACAACCCAACCCAUCUCCAACAGUGAAAUUAUGGUAAUAUAAGAGACGUGUCAGUGACUGGUGAGAAGUUAACAACCUCAAAGAGGUUGAAAAAGGUUUCCUUUUUGUUUUGUUUUAAAUAUAUAUAUAUAUUUGAAGAUGCUGCACAGGAAUGUGCCUUAUUCUUUUUUUUUUUUUGUUGUUGUUGUUGUUAAACUGCAGUUUUCCUAUGGAUAGCAAUGCACAAUGUUUUAUAUAUUUUAUUAAAAAAAUAAAAUGAAAAAAAGUCUGUGUUUACCAGGGGAAAAUCAGCACAGAAGAAGCCACGUCUGACAACAGAAUGGGUAAUAAUGCUAAAUAAACUCUGGUUUGCUUCAAUACAAUUGAAUUUGCAUCCUCACUUUUGGCAUAGGUGUUGCUUGAGGGAGAUUUU